AUGAAGGUUGCUGGAAUUAUUGGCUCUAUCGCCGCUGCCAAUAUUGUCGGUGCAUCAAUAUUACCACAGUACAUUCAAGAAGUUUUCUCCACAGGUGAAGUUUCAGAGUCCUUGCAGAACCUAUCAGACUUUUUCGAAGAUGGUUCAAAGUCAUCCGUCUUUACUUGGCCUCAUCUUCCAUACUUCUUGAAGCCUGGUGUGGACUCUGAAAAGCUUCAAGAUUCAAUUACCAUUGAUCAAUUGAAUGACACUGCUUGGGACUUGUAUCAUGCUGCGAAUGCUUCUACAAAGCAGUAUGGUCAUCCAACAAGAGUCAUUGGUUCUAAAGGUCAUUGGAAAACUAUUGGGUACAUUUUAUCCCAAUUGGAUGAGCACAAGGAUUACUACGAUAUUUCAGUGCAAUCUUUCCCUGCUUUAACAGGUAAGGUUAACUCUUUCAACCUUUCCUUUGUCGGUGGUGAUAAAGUUCCUACCGCAACACCAUUUGCCUUGACUCCACCUGUGAAGGGUUUCCUUGGUAAAUUGAUCGAAAUUCCAAAUUUGGGAUGUGAUGAUAUUGACUACAAAUCCUUGGUUGUUCCAAAGAACAGUAUUGCUUUGAUUGAAAGAGGUCAAUGUCCUUUUGGUAGAAAGAGUAACCUAGCUGGUAAACAUGGGUUCAAAGCUGCAUUAAUUUACGAUAACGAUCCGCUAUCCAAGGAUGGUAUUAAGGGUACAUUGGAAAAGCCUGAUAAACACACUGUGGCAACCAUUGGUGUUUCUUACAAAGAAGGUAAAAAAUUGAUUGCUGCUUUGGAAUUGCACCAAGGCGACUAUUCCUUAUACUUCGAAGUUGAUUCCUUCGUUAAGAAUAUCAAGACCAAAAAUAUCAUUGCUGACACUAAACACGGUGACCCUGAAAACAUUGUUGCCCUGGGUGCUCAUUCUGACUCUGUCAGCAACGGUCCUGGUAUCAAUGAUGAUGGAUCUGGUGCCAUUUCUCUGUUGACAGUCGCUAAACAAUUGACUGGCUAUAAGAUCAAUAAUAAAGUCAGGUUCGCAUGGUGGGCGGCUGAGGAAGAAGGUCUGCUGGGAUCUGUAUUUUAUGCAGACCAUUUGAGUCCUGAAGAAAACUCCAAAAUUAGAUUAUUCAUGGAUUAUGAUAUGAUGGCAUCUCCUAACUAUGAAUACCAAGUUUACGAUGCAAACAACAAGGACCAUCCUGCUGGUUCCAAAGAACUAAAAAACUUGUACAUUGAUUACUAUCAAUCCAAAAAUUUGACAUACUCAUUGAUUCCAUUUGAUGGUAGAUCUGACUACGUCGGAUUUAUCAACCAUGGUAUCCCCUCCGGUGGUAUUGCCACUGGUGCUGAAGGCAUUAACGACGAAAAUGGAUUGCCAUUUGAUAAGUGUUACCACUCUUUGUGUGACGACGUUUCUAAUUUGGCAUUUGAUGCCUUCCUAGUCAACACACAGCUAAUUGCUCACUCUGUCGCAACAUAUGCUAAAUCGUUGGAGGACUUCCCACAAAGAAACUUAAAUGUCACAUCUGAAAAUGUUGCAGACUUCUCCUACAGAGGUUCUCACUUAAUUUUGUAA